GUGGGUGUGUGUUUCAUCUCAACCUAUUUUCCUCUUCAUUCAAAAGAGCUCUGUGAGCUAAACCGUUCAUCACUUUAUCAGUUGAUUCAGCUGUCCAUGUGGACUAGAAAUGCGAACCAGAAAACAGAGAUGUGAAGAAAUCCGUUUCUGUCAGUUGGGAUCCAGGAGAAGGAGGUGGAAGCUGGAGACGGCUGUUCUGCUCACCACGGCCAUUCUGUGUUUGUUAUUAUUUCUGCGAAUAGACAUUCAGAACAAGAAAUCACAAAACACAACUGACAAACCAAAGUUCAAACCUGAACCUCAGACAUCACCAGACCUGUUCCUGAGAUCAGCAAACAAAUGUGAGCGAAAUUCGUCUGCAUCCAACAUUACAGGCUUUUCCACUUUACCCAAACACAUCCAAGAUUUCCUUUUUUACCGCCACUGUCGGCAUUUCCCUAUGCUGCUCAACAUUCCUGGGAAGUGCGGCGGUCCAGAGAACACUGCAGAUGUUUUCCUGCUGCUGGCCAUCAAAAGUUCUCCACCCAACUACGAGCGGCGGGAGGUUCUGCGAAAAACGUGGGCUUCUGAGAGGCUUCAGAGUGGCGUGUGGAUCCGCACUGUGUUCAUAUCUGGAACCACAGGAGACAGGUUCGAGAAGAAAAGACUGAACAAACUCCUGCAGCUGGAGAACCGCAAGUACCAGGACAUACUUCAGUGGGACUUUGAAGAUUCCUUUUUCAACCUUACACUGAAGCAGGUCCUAUUCCUGGAAUGGAUGGAGAGGUUUUGUCCCAAUGUGCACUUUCUCCUCAACGGAGAUGACGACAUUUUCGCCAACACAGACAACAUGGUGCAGUAUCUCAAAGGGUUAGAUGAUAACGCUGGAAGCAAACAUCUAUUUAUCGGCCAGUUGAUCGAAAACACGGAUCCGGUCCGUUUCCAGGCCAGUAAAUACUACGUCCCGGUCCAAGUCUAUGAAUCAGAUAAGUAUCCUCCCUACUGCAGCGGAGGCGGCUUCCUGUUGUCACGUUUCACUUCCAGAACCAUCUACAACAUGUCUCAUUCCAUCACCCUGGUCCCCAUCGAUGAUGUUUACAUUGGAAUGUGUCUGGAAAAGGCUGGACUUAAACCCUUGUCUCAUAUGGGAGUGAAGCCACUGGGCCUGAACAUUCCCUCAGUAAAGCUGGACCCCUACAGUCCAUGCUACUACCGUGAGGUUCUCCUGGUCCACAGGUUCCUCCCACACCAGAUUUUUAUUAUGUGGAAUGAAGUCCAUCGACAAGAUUUGGUUUGUGGAAAGAAAGCACUUAGUGAGCAGAAUGACACAAACAUGUGACACAAAAAUGAAACAAAACAAUAAAUACCAAAACAGAGGCUGAUGACACGUGCUGGUUAUGAACAUCAUUAUAGAGCAGUUACUGAGUAAAAAAUAUUACUCACUGUCAAAUUUAACACAACUGCACUCUAGUGAUGUUCAUAAACAGGGUGAUUGGCUAUAAUUCCGUAAUUUAAUUUAAUCGUUUCAACCUCAAAAUCAGCUAACGUUUGUUUGAUCACUUUUUACUGGCUCCCAACUGCUAUGAUGAGACCAAUCAGAAUCCAGCUAACUCACUACACUCUGCGCUCAGUGGAAUGUCAUUUUAUUAGCACCUUAUUUUAAUCAUUUUCACUAGAAAGGUCAUAAAGAUUUUAUGGAAACAUUAAUAAUAUGGUGAGGUUGACUUACGGUAGAUUGUGCUUUAAGAAAUAACACACUACAGACAGUGCAGUUAGAGGAAAAUGGAUUAUUUCCCCAUAACAGCACGUAUUUUAUUACUCUUAUACCACAAUUCAAUUCAAUUUUAUUUGUAUAGCGCUUUUAACAAUGGACAUUGUCACAAAGCAGCUUUACAGAAAUAAAUGGAUUCACAAAAAUAUAUUGUAAAUAUGUGAAUUUAUCCCUAAUGAGCAAGCCACUGGCGACGGUGGCAAGGAAAAACUCCCUGAGAUGAUAUGAGGAAGAAACCUUGAGAGGAACCAGGCUUAAAAGGAACCCAUCCUCAUCUGGGAUAGUGCAAUUAUAAAAAAAUCCCUUCUAUUAUUGUGUACUAUAUGGACAAAUAGUGCAAUUGUGCAACCAAUAAAUUCAUCACAGUUUUUGCAAGAAGUCCGGUUGGUUAAAAUCAGAUUGUGAGGUACCUCUUCAUAAAAUACUUAAAU